UACCGUUGAGGAUUUGUGGUUUGGACAGUGAUAUGUUCGAGCUCUGAAUGUGUCCGUGAACCCAGCACAGUUGACCGCCCCCGCUGCUGCUGCCGAACAGGAGCCGUGAAGAAGGAGCAGCUGAAGCGACAGGCUGUGGGCUAAACUUUGACUUCCCACCACGAGCUGACGGCUCUUUGUUUCUGUUGUGGUUUAAGAAAACACACGACCGCUUCGUGUAGUUUUACCCGUAAAGCGGAAACUCGUUUGAAGUGAGGCGCGCGGUAUUUUGGAUAGUUAGCAAAGACGCAAAUUAGCGACAAAGCGAAGAAGAAAGAGAGGAAGAGAUAAAAUAAAGUGGAUUGUUUUGUACUUUUUUCCACAAACUUUGAAGUGAAGUGCGCGUGGGACACCUAAAACAGGGCAGCGAGUCUGGAACAGACCCGCUUCUGUUGUGUCUUCUGUGAAGCCAUGAAGCAGUGAGUCCUGGAGCAGAGAUGGCAGAACUGGAGAUCGACCAAUCCAACCUUCCACGUGUCCACGAGGUGUGCCAGACUUUUGCUGUGUUGGAGGAUGGAGCUUUGGCACACAACCUGCAGGAGCAGGAGAUUGAGCAGUAUUACAGCACUAAUGUGCAGAAGAACCAGCUUGUGCAGAACGAUAUCCGCUUGGCCAAGAGGAUGCAAGAUGAAGAGGAGGAGCAGCAGGCGCACCACAGCGCCCUCCUCAGACAGGCAUCCCGACAAAUAGAGGAGCAGGACCUGGAGUACGCUCGAGUGGUUCAAGAAGAGCUCCAGCGAAGUGCAGAGGAGGCACGCAGGAGGGAGCAGCACGAUGCCGAAAUAGCUAAGCGACUGCAGGAAGAAGAGGAGCAGUGGAUGAGGAGGAGGAGCAGCAGAGAACACGACGGCCAUCCUGAAGGCAGCGCCGCUGAGCCUGAGCGGCUUCCCGCACAUCCAGAGGAGCAGUGUUCAUCUACCGCCAUCAGGGGGCACUGCUUCACCUCCCACAGAAGUUCAGAGUUUCAUGAGCCUCGCUCCCCAAGGAGAGUUCGUUCACGCAACAGCAGAACUUCAUGGUCAAAUCAAGGACAAACAGGACCUGUUAGGCAAAUGACGGAUGACGUUAGUGAGGAGUCAGAGGACUCUGACACGGUUUUUAACCAGCAACUCUCUCUUUGGUCCAAGCGGCUGUAUGAAGGACUCAGCACUGCACCUCCUCGACGGAGGACAUCUAUCUAUCAGCCCUAUGAGAGAAACAACACAAGGGUUUUCUCUAACAACAACUUCACUGACGACGUAGAGGAGGAAGCAGAGGACUGGGAUGAGGACUAUAGACUAUCCAGGUAUCAGGAUGGAGAAAGGAGGCGCAGAAGGGAAGAUGACCGUCACAGGAGCAGGAAUGAGGAGACGGACGACGGGUUAGCUGGGGCUGGAGGACGGCGACGUAGCCGCAGUGAAUCGGUGAGGUUACAUGAUAGAAGUGACCACAGAAACAAAGUCUUGGCAAGGACUUGGAGCCACAAGGACAACGCUGACAAACGCGUCAGUUUUCAGGAUGACGACCGGAGCUCCUACCGGGAGCAGCGCAAAAAUAGCCAGGUAUGGGAGAUGCUCGGCCACAUCCUGAGAGAGAGGGGCGUGCCUGUAAAGAUCGGCGGCAGCGGGGCGCCGUUGCAAAUAAGGCCUCAAAGCAGAGACAGCCAGGUGCUUCAUGGGAGUGAGGUCUCCUAUGGUGACUUCCAACCACAUCAGAGGGUCUUCCAGAGAACUGCCACUGCGAGGCACAGUUUCCAUGGAGACGUCAGGGAGAGGAGGAGGUUGUCGUACCGGGAGAACAGUAGCAGAGAUCACAGGGAGGCCCCGGACAGGUCCUGUGAAAAUGGAGAGGUUUCUAAGAUUUGCAGAGGGGACUCUUUCAUUUCUAACUGUCAGAGACGAGGCAGCAGGAGACGGAAAGAACUAAAACAUACAAACGGCGACAAGAAUGGAGAAAGGAUGCCAGACAACUGCAGAGUCAGGAGAGCAACAAGUGAACGUGGGCACAGGAUCACAGAAGAAAGAUUCAGCUCGGAGGAGGAGGAGGAGGUGCAGGAGAGGAGAGCGGAGCGUCCCAGGCGACGAGCAUUGCUGCGAAGCCAAAGCCUCCGCAUCAGCAAAGCUUCAUCCAGGCAUAGGUCGAGGCCCGUGGCAGGAGGUGCUUCACUUGAACCAGAGCCAAGGAAAGCCAGUCUGGACAUGGGGGAACUGCACCAGGUCCUAAAAGAUGAAGAACUGGCCCGGAAGCUUCAGAAGGAAGAGGAAAAGCUGUUGAGCAGGAACUCCAGGCCAUCUUCAGGAAGCACCUAUCCAGUCGGGGACUUCAGAGUAGCACAAGUGGCACAGGACGAGGAGAUUGCACGAUAUAUGCAAAAGCAAGAAAUCCAAUCAAAACGACGAUCUCGUGAGCUGGAAGGACCGGGAUCAUGGCGUGAACACAGACUGAUGAUCAGUCAUCAUGACAGACAGGCUACAAGAGGAAGACAGGUCCAACGAGAGAGACUUGACUCUGAAGGCCUUCCCUCCCCCACAGAAGACUGCUCUCCUGAGGACCAGCCACCCAGCCCCACAGCCACAACACCAAAAGACGCACAGAUCAGAAACGUCGCAGAGGAGCUGGACCCAACGUUUCAGGCCAGGAGGCACGACGCGGGAAACCGAGCUGGACAAUCAGGUCCCGUCGGGGGGUCCCCUCCCAUAUCACCCUCUGGCUUCCACGAUUUCCUGGAAGAGCCCACUUUCAUUCCCCCGACGAAGCGGCAGGCAGAAAAAUCCGAAGUGAAGAAACAAAAACCCAAGAAGGAGACUUGCAAGCAGCAAUAAUGACCUGUUAGCACACUGUUCAUUUCUUUUCUUUUUUUGGAAGGGGGCGCAUAUAAAUGCUUAUUAGUCGUAUCAUUGUGAAACAUCAGCUCACCUCGCACUUUGAAGCAGUGGAACAAUUGACAAAAUGAAACAUGACCUCAUAUUUGCACCUCUACUAAUUGAAGGGACUUUUUUUUAGUUGCUUUGUAUUUCUUGUAUUUUUUAUCUAUAUUUAACGUCCAUCAUUUAAAUAUCACCCACUUUUUUUUUAUCACAGAAGCACUAAACUCCGUCAAAGCAAGUAUUCUUCUCCAGUGUCAUUAGCACUUUGGGAAAUCUCCCAUUAGCUUAAACAUGCUGUUCUUUCCCUUUGUGAAGAAUACAAAGAAAGAGAAGUAAAAGCACUUUGAUAAACCUGAAGCAUAUAUUUCUGAUUAACUUCCUCUUUUGAAGAAUGUGCCAGCUUUAUCUUUUAUUUUCUAAUUUUUUUUUUUUUUAAACUGCUGUGACAAUCGUGACCCCAUUUGACAUGACAAAUGAAGUUGAAAAUGCUGUUUAACCAUUUUUGUGUAGUACAAUGAAAGAUGCACACACAGCACAGAAUGUUAUGCAAUGAUUUCCCUUUAGAAACUGUACUAUUGAGAGCUCUGCUAUUUACGAAGAUGAAACCCUACCACUUAAUGUUCCAGUUCUGAGGGGCCGGCUUGAGUCACUGAUGGUAUCACGACACUAAGAACAGCUGAGUGGAUUUUUCUUUGUUUCUUAGUUUUUUUUGUUACUCCCUUUUGUCAAAUUGAAUGAGACACUACAAACCAGUGUAUGACACCAUUCUGUAUCGAAGCAAAAAUAAAUAAAAAUAUAUAUUUAUUUGAUGGUAAAAGUGUUGUGCGACAGAAGUUUGGACGUGUAAACAGAUUUCUGAUUCAGAACUUACAUGU